AUGCCAAACGUCGACGACACCAACCCUGAAGAUGAAGAUGAGGAAGCCAAGGACUAUCCGGAACAUGGCUUCGAGGUGCGCGCCACUGUUAAUGAUACGAGCGAACUCUCCAAUGCCACCACUGCCUCGACUUCCAGCACUGGCAAUCACGAUAAAGACGACUAUGUUGUCGACCUGCGGGUGAGCGAGACCCAUACCCAUAUUGGUAGCUUGAGCAAGCAACGGUUUUGGCAGAAGAUGUACGACUGCCUUCAGUUCGUCGGUGUCCAAGGUCACGGUAAAAAGCAGGGAGGCGACAAGAUUGACCUUGACCAACCAGAGAGAUGCUCGUCUACAAAGAAAGAUGUCUGCGCACCCUGGUGUACAAUCGACAACAUUGUUUACCAGGACAAAAAUUCACACGGGUAUGGUAGCGGUGGUUGGCUGACCGUCACAGCAUGGUGGUCCGAAUUGUACGAAUCACAUCAUGCUGGGAUCCGAGAUCAGGCGUUCAAGUUCGUUGCAGAUGUCUACAAGUUGGUCACCGAGCGCGGAGAGAACUGCUACGAUGUCGAUUUGGAGGGUACCAGAAGGAUGAGGUUUUGCAAUGUCCCGACCAACGUUCUCGUCGUCUGGCCAGCUCGCAACGACAAGUCUGUUGAGGCCCGUCUCAACGUCAAUGUCGCAUUCAACGGUGAAACAACAUCCAAGCAAUACUACUGCCUGGGAAUGCGUCCGUAUAUCAACGAGCAUUACCAGAAGAAAAUCCAACCCGAGCUCGAGAAAGUCAUGAGCUACGAUUCGAGCAACGUCUACUUCUACAACACUUGUCAGGAAGAGGCAUGCUUCGACGUGCGCGACGGCUACUGGGACGGGAAGCCAUGGAAAGAGCCCAAGGGCUGCGAUGAGCCGAAAUGA